AUGACAACCAUGGAAAUGGACAUGUAUAAAAUGGUGGUGCAGGAGAACGGCGAGGUCACAUACCAGCUGACCGACCCGACGACAUGGGGCGCGUGGGCGCACGAGGGACACCGAUUGUGGGCGUCCAUGCCAGAAGACUUCUGGCUAUACGAGUACAAGGUGCGGAUGUGCCCGCAGCCAUACAGCCACGACUGGACGGCGUGCCCCUACGCGCACAAGGACGAACGCGCACGCCGCCGCGACCCGCGUCGCUUCAACUACAUCUCCAUCUCCUGCCCGGAGUACCGCGCCAAUGCGCGUGCGCAUGCGCAGCUCCGGCUUGCCGGUGCCGGGCACCCGCCGCCGACCUGCGCGCGCGGCCUCAGGUGCCGCUACGCGCAUGGCGUAUUCGAGCUGUGGCUGCACCCAUCCCGGUUCCGCACACGCAAGUGUGAUGCAGGCACGCGCUGCCAGCGCCAGAUCUGCUUCUUUGCGCACUUCACCCGCGAGCUCAGGGUCGAGGACCCCAUCGCCGCCUCCACCGCUGCAGCGGUGCCGUCUUCGUCCUUUGCCAUGCCGCGGACGCCACCCCACAUCCUCCAGUGCGCUCCUACCACUUCGGUGACGCGUCCGCAGGAUGUUCCAGCUCCACAGCUGUUCGACGACAUCACCCUGCAGGCCACUCCAAACAGGCUUCGCAUGCUGAGCCUAUACUAUGCCAUCACUGGGGACGAUGUUUUCUCCUCCCCCAUCGCCACUGCCACCGCCGCCGCCGUCGCCGCUGCUACGACCACCAUGCCGACCAUGAGGGUGCCCUUACUGGCGUACAAGGAGGAGGAGGACGCUAAAUCCGUCCACUAUGCGAACUACGAAGACUCCCUGCUGAACGACUACCCACACCGAGAUCUCAUCAUGGACUUUAUGCGCUAG